UUAUUAAGUGGCACCAAGCCAACACACUUCUCCUCCAUCCAUCCAUCCACUCCAAACCCCCAAUUCCAAUUCCACUUCCACUUUCUUGAUUUAUUGUUCAAAGUUUUCAGCUUUUUGGAAAUGGGUACAAAAGCCUCCCACUUUUAAAAAGUUCCACAACACCACCACCAAAAUUAUCAUCAUCAUCCUAAUAAUAAUAUGCCAACAGUUUGGUUUUCUUUGAAGAAAUCACUCCACUGCAAAUCAGAACCACAAGAUGUCCAUGACCCCAAAUCCAAGAAACAUUUGGCCACAAUCUUGACCCGGAAACCCGGAAGAUCCGGGUGUUCAAGGUCCAUUGCAAACCUCAAAGAUGUCAUUCAUGGUGGCAGUAAAAGACACUCAGAAAAGCCAGUUAACUGCAGUCCUAGAUCUAUUGGUAGUAGUGAGUUUUUGAACCCAAUUACUCAUGAGGUUAUUCUUAGUGAUACAAGGUGUGAGCUUAAAAUCACUGGCUUUAAUGGUGGGCUUAAUAAUGGUGGUCUUGAGGGUGGUACAUUGAUGCCUGGAACACCUGGGCCUGGUGGGCAUCUAACAAUGAAUAAUGUUAAGAAUCAGCAGCAGCAGCAUACAACUGCAAGAAGAACAGUUUCAAACUCAUUGUUGUUGUCUUCAGAUGGAAAGAAUGGGGUUCAAAAGCCCAGAGGUUGUUGUUUAGAGACAGAAUCUAAUGGGUCAAAUGGUGGUGGCGGUGCAGUCACGUGCCAUAAGUGUGGGAAGCAGUUUGGAAAGUGGGAAAAUCUUGAAGCCCAUCAUCUGUGGAAGCAUGCUGUUACUGAGCUUAUGGAGGGUGAUUCAUCAAGAAAGAUUGUGGAAAUAAUAUGCCGAUCGGGCUGGUUAAAGCCCGAUAACAAUUCGGGUCGAAUCGAGAAGGUUUUAAAAGUACACAACAUGCAAAAAACGCUAGCCCGAUUCGAAGAAUACCGAGACUUGGUGAAAACCAAAGCCAGCAAACUAGCAAAGAAGCAUCCUCGUUGUCUAGCGGACGGGAACGAACUUUUAAGGUUUUACGGCACGACAAUCGCGUGUUCUCUUGGUAUCAAUGGCGAAUCGAGCUUAUGCAUUUCGGAUAAAUGUAGUGUUUGUCGGAUUAUACGACACGGGUUUUCCACCAAUAGGGAGCUCAAGGAUGGCGUAGGCGUUUUCACAACUUCAACCAGUGCACGCGCUUUUGAAUCCAUAGAAGUGUCGGAAGACGGGCCGGAUGCACGAAAAGCGUUGAUGGUGUGUAGAGUGAUUGCGGGCCGGGUUCACCGACCGUUGGAGAACAUUCAAGAGAUAACGGGCCAGACGGGUUUCGACUCGUUGGCUGGGAAAGUCGGCCCACAUUCGAAUAUUGAAGAUCUUUAUUUGCUUAGCCCCAAAGCUCUCUUACCUUGCUUUGUGGUGAUUUGUAAACUCUAGACACAUGACAUUUUGUAUGGUUUCUUUUAGAUAGGAUUAUGAUUUUCUUGGUUAGUCAGAAAUGCAUUCAAGAAAAGAUUUUGAAUUUCGGUCAUGCCUUUGUACAUUAUCGAAUUAAAUAUAACCAC